AUGGCUUACGGUAGUGUCGUCGAUCGCUUUCUUGACGCUGAGGAAGAACCUUCUCAAACACUGAUACCCAUCCAAGGCUAUGAAAAGGCACCGCUGGUAUCACUCGAAGAAGCUGUUGAACCAAUUCAAACAUUAAUUCCUAAUCUUGACUCCAUGGUCAAGACAGCCAAGCGGAACUCGCGCAAACCAUCGGACGAUCUCACUCCUGAUGAAUCGGCCGCUAUUCAUCUGUAUACGAUGCAGUGGCCCAAGCCCCAUCCAAGCCUCUACACUCUUCUCAACAAAAAGCUUCGCUCUCAGGAUCGAGAUACUCUCAUAUUAUGGUUCUCCUAUCUCAAACUCUUUCUUACUGCAUUGCACAAACUCCCAUCAUUCAAAGGUACAAUUUGGCGUGGUGUUCAGGGAAAUCUCAGUGAUCAAUACGAUAAAGAUCAAAUAUGGUGGGGCGCGAGCUCGUGCACGGAGACAAUGAACGUCAUGGAAGAAUUUGUCGGACUCGACGGUGUGCGUACCUUGUUUAACAUUGAAUGCAUCAAUGGCAAGGUUAUUCGAGCUCACUCUUACUACAAGACAGAGAAUGAAAUUCUACUCAUGCCCGGCACUUAUCUGCAGGUAGUGAGUAAAUGGAGAGCAGCCAAAGACCUGUACAUUAUUCAUUUGCGAGAGACAACUGCUCCAUAUCAAACAAUCGCUGUGCCUUGUGAUCUACCGUCGUCGUUCGUCGGCAUAUCCUCACUAACAACACUUGCAAUUUCCAAGGAGAAGAAGAGCGGGUCAAGUGGUUAUGUCGCACCUGCGCAAUCACAUGGUAAGAUUCUGGAUGCGUUUCUUCAAUUUUUUCCUUAGAAUGUCGGCAUGCAAAACUUUUAGAAGUGUUCGAGUUUUCUAGGACGGAGAACAAGAAAACAUCGACGAAGAGUCCAACUUCAGUAAUUAUAUGUCUAAUGCAAGCUACGGCUAGUGGAACGAACUGAAUGGGAUGACUGACCGGUGAAGAAGGACUUCAUCGUCUCUCACAGACCAUUCACAGAAUGAUCCUUAGGAUCUAGUUGUGUCUGUCUAGUGCACUUUUUUUUUAAUUCGGGAUAAACACGCGAACAUCCAUGAACACUCAUUAGAAAAUUAGGUACUUCUUGCCGCGCUGCAUUCAAUUAGUAAAAAUUGAACGCUAGUUCACAGUGGGCAUUUAGGCGGCAUUUUGAUGAAAAAUCGCAGGUUCGAAUUUUUAUAUUUUGAAUGAUGACAUAUAUACUAUAAAUAAUGCCCUAUUAAACGGUGAAAAGUUUUUGGCUCUAGCUUCUUCCAAAUGAAAGAAAAUUGAGAAAAUUGAGAAAGUUGAGAAAAUUAAAUUACAAAAUUAUCAGUAGAAUUAGUAUGCUGGCGCGUAAAAUUGCAUUUUCUCCGUCAAAUUAUAAAUUUUUUUCAAAAACAAUGUAUAUAGAAUCGUCAUCUGUUGGGCUAUCUAGCCGUAAGAAAAUUUUUGUCGGACAAAGUUAAAUUUCGGGGAACGCGCGAAGAUCUUUCCACGGAAAUCAUCUAAAAAAAAGACGUCCUCAUAAAAAUGCAAUCGCUAAACUCCGCUGAGCAGCUAUUGAUAUGACAAAUAGCCCAAAAUGUUCGUCUCAACCUCCUCUACAUAUGCUGAUCUCACAAAGGCUCCCAACUCUAGGAGUGCUGAGUUACAGGCUUUCCAAAAACCUUGGGGAUUUUCGAGUAUUUCGCAGUUUGCGCCCUCAUAAAAGCGCUUUUUCUUGAAAGUAAGGUCAUAUUCGGAAUUAGCGUGAAAAACUGCAUCGAAUGGUGUAUAACUCAUCUCGUUUCGGUCACUCGAUUUUGAAUUUUAGAAAUUUCUUAGUUUUUGAGAUUCACACAAACAAUUUCGUAUUGAAAAUUUGAAGUUCAAGAUAAAGUAACCUGAACGACUCGAAACAUGUUUCUUAUAGGUUUUCGACAAUGCUCUUUCCAGUGGCAUCGUUUUUAAAUAUUGAGAAAGUUUUCUGAAGGGUUUUUCAGAGAUCGGAU